UAAGCGAAUGAGUUAUCGCGAGACUUGAUUCGAUCAUGGCGUCAUGGGUAUGAUGAUGUCGUUGUUGAAACAACUUUCUCCGUAGUAAGCUGUUGAUAGUGUUUCGGGCAGCCGUUUAAACCUCGCCCACACUGUCGCAAACGGGGAAUUAAUUGCCAAACAAGCUUGCAGAUUAUUACCUGAUGUGGAGGAGUAUCUGCUACAGUACUUCAGGGACUUUUAGAAGAUUUUGUGAUGUCUUAAACCUUGAUGGGAUGAAACAUGAGGCGUCGGGUUGCUUACAACUGUGAGGAAUCGACAAUGUCAUCGAGUUCAAAGGGCUCGUCAUAUCAAUAUGACUAUCCAGGGACAUUCAAUUGGGAAGAUUACAUGAAAGAAACUGGUUCACAAGCAGCUCCUGCAUCUUGUUUUAAACAAUCUUCAACGCCACCUAACAAUGAAUUCAAAAAUGGCAUGAAGAUAGAAGCAUGCGACCCUCGUAACUUAACUUCCAUCAGUAUCGCUACAGUAGUUGGGAUGCAAGGUCCUCGUCUUCGUUUAAGACUCGAUGGCAGUGACAACAAGAAUGACUUUUGGAGAUUGGUAGACUGCUCAGAUCUUCAUUCAGUCGGCUAUUGUGAACGCAACGGAGGUUUACUGCAUCCACCAUUAGGUUUUCGGAUGAAUGCAUCAUCAUGGCCAAUAUUUUUACAGAAGACUUUAAAUGGGGCUGAAAUUGCCCCGGAAAAAUGUUUCAAAUCAGAGCCGCCUUCUCCACAUUCAAAUGACUUCAAGGUUGGAAUGAAACUUGAAGCAGUUGAUAGAAAGAAUCCACAAUUGAUCUGUCCAGCGACGGUCGGUGCGGUGAGCAACGACCAGAUAUACAUCACAUUUGAUGGUUGGAGAGGAGCAUUUGACUACUGGUGCCGUUUUGAUUCCAGAGACAUUUUCCCUGUCGGUUGGUGUGCCAAAAGUGGUCAUCCAUUACAACCUCCUGGACAGAAAGGCACGUCGCAGUACAAAUUGAACAAGGUGAUAAAGCACCAACCCAUGGUGCUGAACCUGCCGGCUCCUGGAGCAUCAUCGGCCAGUCAAGUGACCACCCCAGCCACAGGCCCUGGGGGUGGGGGGCAGUCGCGCUCAUCUAUUGCCAGUCCCUCCAGCCCUGACCGACAGCUCUCCCCACGAGAAGCCCAUUCCCCGGUAGUCAUGAUUACAGAACCAGAUACAAGUUCUACACAUAGCAGCACCACAGUGUGUGUCUAUAUCAACCGUUCAUGUAAUCCUGGAAGUUACUUGAAUCCUCGUAAGGUGCAGCAGCUCCCUUUACAUUAUGGACCUGGCACAUUACAUAGAGUUUUACGGGAAGUGGCCCAGGGCUGCAUUGAAUGUGGAAACCACGAACAGACAGUCUUCAAUCUUUUGAAGGAUGGAACUAGUAAAAUUAUUGUUACAGCAAAUAAUGGAAACAAAACUUACACCAAACGCCUCCCAUCAGCAUUCAAAAUCUCUGAUUUCUGGAGCUACUUAGAAGGUAUGAUGGAAGAGCUUGGCUGUUGCGAGAAUUUCCUAUCCAGCCAACCUUUAGAAGGUCGAUGUUCAAAGUGCCUCAAAGUUAGCACUCAUCGUAUUAAAAUAGAAGAAGACAGUCCCGAACCUCGAGAAUCUCGUCACCAUAAAGCUCCACGGCGCAGGUAUUCCAAUGAAUCUAUUGACAGUCAGAAAGGCAUUCGCAUGCACAAAAUCCAAAGAAAAAUGUCUGCUUAUGAGGCUGAAGCGAGCUCUACGACAUCAGACCACAGACCCCACAAAGUCUCAACCGAUCCCUCUGAUUGGUCUAUUGAUGAUGUAAUCAAUCACAUUUGUGACACAGACGCAGCUCUCAAACCACACACAGAAAUUUUCCGGAAACAUGAAAUUGAUGGUAAAGCCCUCCUGUUGCUCAACAGUGAUAUGAUGAUGAAAUACUUGGGAUUAAAACUAGGACCUGUUCUAAAGUUGUGUAAUAUUGUAGACAAGUUGCGAAAUUCAACGGGAGCAUCUGGAAGCAGUGGCCGAAAAUGAAAUGGUUUUUUGUUUUUGUUGUCUUUCAUCUUCUCAUUUCCGCUGGCUCUAUCUUCCAUUGUAGUGCCUCUUUUCUAAGCAACACUAUUUUCUUGAAUUAUCAGCAAUACUAACUACUUAUCAACCCACAAUUAACAUAGAAUGUGGAUUGUCUGCAUUUCACAAUGAUGAUAAUAACAACAAUAAUAAUAAUAAUAAUAAUAAUAGUAGACGUGGAUUGUCUACAUCUCACACCAAGCUCACUACAUCAGCUUUCUCAGCUUCGCCAUUGAACUGAUGCACAGAGGUUUCUCAUAAAACUGGGGAGAGGGUUUUCUAAGUAUUUUUUUUUUUCUUAGUUUCAUCAAAGACACACACACACACACACACACGCACUCAGAGACACACAUUAGCAAAGUUUGUCGACGACUCCAUUCUAUCAUCAUAUUUGUCUUGUAGUAAACAGCAUGGUAUAUUUUGUUAUCAUUGUUAUGAGGGAAGGAUGGCUUCCUCCCUAAAACGACAGUGAAAAAUGAUCCAGUUAUCGUUCGGGUCAGUGUAUUUUGUUAAGAGCUAACUUCACCCACGACCACCACCAGUGAGGAUCACCAAAGUUUAUUGCUGUUUAAAAGCAAUAUAACUAAGUGAAUCGUCUGUGAAAACUGAACAGUUUUGAAUUUUCUGCUCAACAGGCUAUAUUACUCAGUUGCACUGCGGCUCAGUAGGCUGUAUUAUUGAGUUCCGUCUAUACUCAGCAGGUUGUACUACACAUCUAUAUACUCAGCAGGCUGUAUUAUUGAAUCCCCUCAGUGUUCAGCUAGCUGUAUUGCUCAAUCACAUUUAUACUCAACAGGUUGUAUUACUCAGUUAUAUCUAGACUCAGCCGGCUAUAUUAUUCAGUGACAUCUAUACUCAACUGCCUGCAUUGCUUAGCUACUCAGCAGAUUGUAUUACUCGGCUGGCUGUGUUACUCAAUGGCAUCUAUUCUACUCAGCAGGCUUUAUUACCCAGUUUUGUCUAGAUUACUCUGCUAUCUGUAUUGUUGAGUUCCAUCUGUGUUCAGCAACCUGCAUUACUCAGUUACAUCUAUACCCAGCAGGUUAUAUAUACCUCAUUUACAAAUGACUCAUCUAAAACAGGAUUACAAAUUAUACAUACAUUCAGAAAGAGAAGUAAAAUUCUAUUGUUUAACUUGAUUUUUUUAUUCCAAUUUACACACCUGUCUAUUAAUUAACAACAAAUGAAACAUUUAUCAAUUUGUAGACCUUUGUUUUUCCCCAAUAAAUCUGAAUUAUUUUUUAAAUAACUGCUUCUUCUCUAUUUCAAGUAUUUGAAUACUUUAAUGAAGGUUUUUUUUUUUUUUUUUUUCUUAGCUUUUAUCUAAGAAAGAUGCUGUUCUUUAAAUGUGAAGUGUAGCAAGUUACUUGCCCUGCUGUAUCUAAUGUCCAUAACACUUUUCAUUGACCAAUGCUCAACAUUAUUUUCUUGAGGCUGAAUAAUUGAAAUCAGUCUUCAGAAAUAUUCUUCUUCUUCCAAAAGUAUUAUUAAUAGUGUUAUGAUGUCAACUAGUGCUUUGUCUGCACAUGUUUUUGGCAUCUUGAAUGACAGUUAAAUAUGGUUUUGCACACACACACACACACACGUCUAUAGUUUAUUAUUUAAUAAGUGUAAUUCAGUUCCUUGUGACUGUCUUACAAACCCAGAGAAAAGUUAAGCUCUUUGGAGCUGAGUCAAACUGUUAUUAAAUAACUCAUGAAAUGUGUGGAGUGUCACUUACUUUGUUUGUCCACUUAGGUGUGUGUAUGUAUGUGUGUAUAUAUAUAUAUAUAUGUGUGUGUGUGUGUAUGUAUAUACAUGUGUGUGUGUGUGUGUGUGUUUUUCAGUGCCAGUCUUCCUGUGAAACCAUCAAUUAAUAUAUGUCAUGUUAAGAAAUACAUCUUCAUCGGUUUCCCCCGUUCCAUUUAUGUCUCUCCACUCUUCAACUUGUGGUUCUGUUUCACCACAAGACUUGAUAUCUGACAAGGAAGUUUAAUAACGUGAACAACAACAACAAUAAUAAAGUACAUUUUGUCCUCCUCCUCUUACAUCAUCAUCAUCAUCAUUAUUAUUAUUAUUAUUAUUAUUAUUUUAAAGUUUCCUGUAGACUUAUUUUCUAUAAAUCUUUUCAAACAGACACUGACAACAUUUUAGAUGUGUAUUAACAUGUGUAAAAGUGGUCUGUGUUUUCUCUUUUUCUCUCUUUUUUUUUUUCUUUUUUUCUUCUCAGUAACGGGGGAUAUUUUUUCCGAGAAAACAACUGCAAAAAAGUGGCCACCACUCCUGUAAACUAUAGCUGUCAACCACCACCACCACCAUUAUCACCUUCACUAUCAUCAUGAACAUAAUCAUUGUCAUCAUCAGCCAUCAUCAUCAUCAUCAUUGUCAUCAUAUAGUAGUUAUUAAACCAUCGAGAAAGCUUAUGUGAAAAUUGCUCACUUACAAUUACUGUUGAGUACAAAUGACUAGAGACUACUACUACUUCUACUACUACUACUACUACUACUAGAGAAGAUAUAUAUCCAAUAAUAGGCCCCGUUAAGGAUUUUAUGAUACAUUUAGUGUAUUAUUUUGUCUAAUAUCAAAUUCUUCAUAAAUUCCAGUCAAAGGGGUAUUUUUUUUUUUCCUCUUCCCACCCACCCCUUACAUUCUUUACAAUGCCAUUGGAAAGCUGAGUUCUAUUAUUUUUCUGAUUCUGAUAAAUGGCAUAGAAUAUCCCAUUCUGUCAGUUAGUUAACUGAAGAUAAUAUUUAUUAAAAAAAAUUUUUAAAAAAAAAGAAAGAAAGAAAAGAAAAAGUAAAAAACCAUAUUUCUUCUCCAUUAUUCGCUACAUUGUUUCUCUGUAAAAGACACAAAACCAGAACGGGAGGCAACAGCAGCAACAACAACAACAGCAGAGGUUGUUGUAUGCUGAGGUAAAAAGGUUUUCCUUAUUGUACAAUCAUGUAAAUAAAUUUUUAAUGUGCACUCAA